CCCAUGUGUGUAACUUGUUGACUUUUUCGUAUUUACAUCUGAGUUCUGACGAAGCAUAGGUACUCUCGAUUAAAAUCUUAAUCAAAGAAAAAAAGAUAAGAUUAAUUACAUGAAAUUUCAUUUACCUGGUGAUUACUUACGAUUCAUUCAAUCAUAACGUUGCUCUUUGCUCCUACUAUAUUGGACUGUGUUGGUUACUAUAAAUAACUCUGACCUUCGCUGUGUAUUAGUGUAAAAAUGUUGUUUGUGAUGAGUAUACGUGAAGUGCUCAUCGGGUUGUUGUUUGUAAACCAAUAUGUGGACGGUGAGAAAAUUUUAGGCAUUUUUGCCCACAAGGGUAAAAGCCAUUUUGAUUCUUUCGUACCGCUUAUGAAGGCAUUAGCUCUGAAAGGACACGAUGUAACGGUUAUUAGUCAUUUUCCUCAAAAAACUCGUGUGGCGAACUUUAGUGACAUUGAUAUUAACCCGGGAAACAUUUUCCUUGAUGUAAUUAACUUGGGAGAUAUACCGGAAAAUUACCGUGUGCGGCGAUACGCAACCCCUUUACUACUGCUAAAUCUGGGAUACGAAUCGUGUAAACAAGUGUUUUCCAAUAAAAAUUUUAUAAGUUUUUUUAACAGUGCGCCUAAAUUUGAUUUAAUAAUAACGGAGUUGUUCAAUACGAAGUGCUUCUUGGGUGCAUUGCGUCAACUAAAUGCCCCAAUUAUUGGUAUGUCCUCCACCGUCCCACUAUCAUGGGACGAUUUUACAGUGGGCUUUCCUAGCAAUCCAGCCUACAUCCCAAAUAACUUUAUGUCAUUCAAUGAUAAGAUGACCUUUUUACAAAGAACAGAAAAUACGAUCGCCUACCUGCUUACCGGUGCCAUCAAUCACCUGCACAUGGCGAUUUCUGGAUACUUAUUGGCGAAUGUGGUUAGCGAAAGUCCACAUGAUCUCAACGAAAUUGCUUCAAAUAUCAGUCUGAUGCUGGUCAAUGCCCAUUUCAGUGUGCAGCUUCCACGGCCUUUACCUCCAAACUAUAUUGAAGUAGGAGGGCUACAUCUGACACAACCGAAAAUACCCCCAUCGGCGCAGUACUUUCGUGGAGGUGAAUUUUUCCCACCCCUUCCUGUCAAUGGAGGAACUAUUCUGAAAAUCGCGGUUCACGUACAUGCAUCACCUGUUAACCCCAAAAAGAGAUUAAUGGUACUUUUUCAAUACCUUGUCCUCGUCUCGCGGUUCCAUUAAAGAGGGCAGUUUAAAAGCGGAUGAUUGGAAACGUAGCCCCCCACUCUGCCCCCAACGUUAUGUUACCGAUUUGUAAUACAAUUGGAAGGCUGAGGGUAGGAUAAAUCCUAGUUUACCAUUUAUAUGAUUUUUUCAGAGGCAGACUGGUGCUUUCUUAUAAUUGAUUGAUUGACCGCAACCCUUGUGUUAAGAUUUCAUGAGCAGGAGUAACAAUUAGAUGCUGGCAACUUUUGAAUGUUAGUAAUUGAGGGUGAAUUUUUUCACUCCUAGUGGAACUCGCCGCUUCUUAUACGUCGAAGAGCUAUUCUGGAUG